AUGCCUGCCGCCGGAACGUCCAGCCCUCCAUCACCCGACGCAUGGGACGAAUCCCUCGAUAUCAAGGUUGAUAUUGAUGAGCCCCCCACUACAGCCCCUAAGGAAAAAGAACACCAUUCUCCGACCAAGGAGUAUGGUGCCCGCUGGACUUGGGAUCCCACCGCCCGAGACUACGUCAGAUGGAGUGAAGACGGCGUGAAACUGUUUUACACGGAAUACCAGAGAUUCGGAAGCAGGGCGCCGUCUCAGGGGACGGCAGACACCAACAGCAAUAUGAACAACGAUCAACAAAACCGUCCCAAGGCAGGCUCAUCAGAACGGUUAACUAAAAUAGUCCCAAGUGGCAUCCCCGGAGCCCCUUUGUAUAAACUGCCACUUGGCAAUGCGUUCCAGAUCGUGGCCAAGCCCAAGCGCUUCUUCUGCGCCGGGCGCAUCUUCAAGACGGUCUGGUUCGAGCCCGGCGGCAACACCAUGCCGCGAGCACGGACCGACCUGGCCGAGUGGUCGGACCGGUCUCUCCCAUUCCACGGAGAGCGGCCGAUCGCCCGGUUCCGGUGGUUCGUCGUGGUGCGCAGACGGCUGCACCACUCGCUGUGCUUCAGCAUCACUACGUUUGGGGGAGGGUUUAAGCCGCCGACGAUGAAGACGACGAAGGCUCGGAAGAGCCACGGUCGCCAGGCGGACUUUGUCGUGCUGCAUUCGGCCAGCGUCGAGCCGCCGCGGCCGUACGACGAGGAAGGGAUCACGCGUGAGCCCAUCGCCAUCAUCAUCGAGGACGACGAGCAGUACAUCUCGCCGAUUGCCAGGCUGGACUGCAGCCGCAUCUACACGGUGGAGGACAGCCUGCGGGUUAUGAAGACCGGGCGGGUGCACCCGGAGUCGCUGCCGCUGCUGAACGAGUAUUACAAGGAGAGUGUGUCGUAG